AGAAACAGCUUUAAGUUGAUUGCCUAAAGUCACGCAGGUAAUUGAUGCAGUAUGGCCAGAACCCAUACUAGGCUUAAAGGACAGUGUACCAUAAACUCGUAGAGGUCCUUUAAACAGAUAGAAACGCUGUGCUCCAGGCAGAUGCCGUAACAAACACUGGCUCUAGAUCUACCAUGGGUUAUAUGGGUCCUUAGUUAAGAUUAGAUAUGGAGUCACAGUGUGCCAGAAUUUCAGGGAGAGAGGAAAGUGGAAGGGCUUUCCACUAAGCCUUUUGAACUACUAGGUACCCCUCGUUUUACAUCUGGUUAUCUCAUUUAAAUCUAUGACAUUUUAAAAUACUUAUUACCAUUUAAGACAUGAGAAAAAUUAAGUUUAGAAACGGCUAGAUAGCUCACGCUAGAAAGGAAGGACUCCAAAUUUUAACCAAGGGCAGAUGUGCAUGGAGGCCAAGUCAUUUCCUUCCCAUGCUCUCAUACUGACCCAACAAACCCAUUCUGCACGUGAGAAAACUGAGGCCCGGAGAAGGGAAUGCACACACGUUUGAAGCCAAGCUGGGGCCAGAAAGUAGAUCGGCUGAUCUCCAAACCUCCACGUCAAAGGUCUUCCCAGGAGGACAUAUGCCUUCAAGGAUUUUGCAAUGUAUACCACCCUACAAGUGAUGGGAGAGAGGGGAAAAAAGCAACCGACUAAGGAGAAAAGCAAGGAGCAGAAAAAGGAGCUAAAGAGGAGCUGUCAGAACGGUGUGAGGAGAGUGGGAAAGGAGCCGCCUCCUUUUGCCUCUCUUCCUACUUAUUAACAAAACAGAACGACUAUUCAGCGUAUUUCAGGGAGCUAAGUCUUAGCCAGCUUCAGCUGUGUUUUAACCCUUAGCUAAAUAUAGACAAGGCUAAGGCAGGCCAGGUGUACACUUCAGGAAGAAGUGGAAAUUCCCAGGGCGGACCAAAACUUGAGCUGUUCCGGCGGUAGUGAUUUGAGGUCGGUUUGAAAGAGAAGUUGAGAAAGCGGCCGAGGGGCGAAUUUGGCUGCACUACACGCUCGCCACAAAGAGGCAGGGCCGCCGGCCGCCGGGGCCGAGUGCGCUUCCAGCCCAGGCGGAGCGGUAGACGCAACAGCCUCCGCCCGCCACGUGACCCGUAGUGUUGUGGUCUGGCCCGCGUGGGUGGCGGGAGCGCCGAGAGGGCGGGGGCGGCGAUGGGGCGCGUCACGUGACGGGGUUUAAAUCUCCCGCAGUCGGAGCCGCGGGGGCGCCACUGCCGCGCGUCGAGCGGGAGCAGAGGAGGCGAGGGAGGAGGGCCAGAGAGGCAGUUGGAAGAUGGCGGACGAGGCGGCCCUCGCCCUUCAGCCCGGCGGCUCCCCCUCGGCGGCGGGGGCCGACAGGGAGGCCGCGUCGUCCCCCGCCGGGGAGCCGCUCCGCAAGAGGCCGCGGAGAGAUGGUCCCGGCCUCGAGCGGAGCCCGGGCGAGUCCGGUGGGGCGGCCCCAGAGCGUGAGGUGCCGGCGGCGGCCAGGGGCUGCCCGGGUGCGGCGGCGGCGGCGCUGUGGCGGGAGGCGGAGGCAGAGACGGCGGCGACGGCGGCGGCGGCGGGCGGGGAGCAAGAGGCCCAGGCGACUGCGGCGGCUGGGGAAGGAGACAAUGGGCCGGGCCUGCAGGGCCCAUCUCGGGAGCCACCGCUGGCCGACAACUUCUACGACGAAGACGACGACGACGAGGGCGAGGAGGAGGAAGAGGCGGCGGCGGCGGCGAUUGGGUACCGAGAUAACCUUCUGUUCGGUGAUGAAAUUAUCACUAAUGGUUUUCAUUCCUGUGAAAGUGAUGAGGAGGAUAGAGCCUCACAUGCAAGCUCUAGUGACUGGACUCCAAGGCCACGGAUAGGUCCAUAUACUUUUGUUCAGCAACAUCUUAUGAUUGGCACAGAUCCUCGAACAAUUCUUAAAGAUUUAUUGCCGGAAACAAUACCUCCACCUGAGUUGGAUGAUAUGACACUGUGGCAGAUUGUUAUUAAUAUCCUUUCAGAACCACCAAAAAGGAAAAAAAGAAAAGAUAUUAAUACAAUUGAAGAUGCUGUGAAAUUACUGCAAGAGUGCAAAAAAAUUAUAGUUCUAACUGGAGCUGGGGUGUCUGUUUCAUGUGGAAUACCUGACUUCAGGUCAAGGGAUGGUAUUUAUGCUCGCCUUGCUGUAGACUUCCCAGAUCUUCCAGAUCCUCAAGCGAUGUUUGAUAUUGAAUAUUUCAGAAAAGAUCCAAGACCAUUCUUCAAGUUUGCAAAGGAAAUAUAUCCUGGACAAUUCCAGCCAUCUCUCUGUCACAAAUUCAUAGCCUUGUCAGAUAAGGAAGGAAAACUACUUCGCAACUAUACCCAAAACAUAGACACGCUGGAACAGGUUGCGGGAAUCCAAAGGAUAAUUCAGUGUCAUGGUUCCUUUGCAACAGCAUCUUGCCUAAUUUGUAAAUACAAAGUUGACUGUGAAGCUGUACGAGGAGAUAUUUUUAAUCAGGUAGUUCCUCGAUGUCCUAGGUGCCCAGCUGAUGAACCGCUUGCUAUCAUGAAACCAGAGAUUGUGUUUUUUGGUGAAAAUUUACCAGAACAGUUUCAUAGAGCCAUGAAGUAUGACAAAGAUGAAGUUGACCUCCUCAUUGUUAUUGGGUCUUCCCUCAAAGUAAGACCAGUAGCACUAAUUCCAAGUUCCAUACCCCAUGAAGUGCCUCAGAUAUUAAUUAAUAGAGAACCUUUGCCUCAUCUGCAUUUUGAUGUAGAGCUUCUUGGAGACUGUGAUGUCAUAAUUAAUGAAUUGUGUCAUAGGUUAGGUGGUGAAUAUGCCAAACUAUGCUGUAACCCUGUAAAGCUUUCAGAAAUUACUGAAAAACCUCCACGAACACAGAAAGAAUUGGCUUAUUUGUCAGAGUUGCCACCCACACCUCUUCAUGUUUCAGAAGACUCAAGUUCACCAGAAAGAACUUCACCACCAGAUUCUUCAGUGAUUGUCACACUUUUAGACCAAGCAGCUAAGAGUAAUGAUGAUUUAGAUGUGUCUGAAUCAAAAGGUUGUAUGGAAGAAAAACCACAGGAAGUACAAACUUCUAGGAAUGUUGAAAGUAUUGCUGAACAGAUGGAAAAUCCGGAUUUGAAGAAUGUUGGUUCUAGUACUGGGGAGAAAAAUGAAAGAACUUCAGUGGCUGGAACAGUGAGAAAAUGCUGGCCUAAUAGAGUGGCAAAGGAGCAGAUUAGUAAGCGGCUUGAUGGUAAUCAGUAUCUGUUUUUGCCACCAAAUCGUUACAUUUUCCAUGGCGCUGAGGUAUAUUCAGACUCUGAAGAUGACGUCUUAUCCUCUAGUUCUUGUGGCAGUAACAGUGAUAGUGGGACAUGCCAGAGUCCAAGUUUAGAAGAACCCAUGGAGGAUGAAAGUGAAAUUGAAGAAUUCUACAAUGGCUUAGAAGAUGAGCCUGAUGUUCCAGAAAGAGCUGGAGGAGCUGGAUUUGGGACUGAUGGAGAUGAUCAAGAGGCAAUUAAUGAAGCUAUAUCUGUGAAACAGGAAGUAACAGACAUGAACUAUCCAUCAAACAAAUCAUAGUGUAAUAAUUGUGCAGGUACAGGAAUUGUUCCACCAGCAUUAGGAACUUUAGCAUGUCAAAAUGAAUGUUUACUUGUGAACUCGAUAGAGCAAGGAAACCAGAAAGGUGUAAUAUUUAUAGGUUGGUAAAAUAGAUUGUUUUUCAUGGAUAAUUUUUAACUUCAUUAUUUCUGUACUUGUACAAACUCAACACUAACUUUUUUUUUUUUUAAAAAAAGGUACUAAGUAUCUUUAAUCAGCUGUUGGUCAAGACUUUCUUUUAAAGGUUCAUUUGUAUGAUAAAUUCAUAUGUGUAUAUAUAAUUUUUUUUGUUUUGUCUAGUGAGUUUCAACAUUUUUAAAGUUUUCAAAAAGCCAUCGGAAUGUUAAAUUAAUGUAAAGGGAACAGCUUAUCUAGACCAAAGAAUGGUAUUUUCACUUUUCUUUGUAACAUUGAAUGGUUUGAAGUACUCAAAAUCUGUUACGCUAAACUUUUGAUUCUUUAACACAAUUAUUUUUAAACACUGGCAUUUUCCAAAACUGUGGCAGCUAACUUUUUAAAAUCUCAAAUGACAUGCAGUGUGAGUAGAAGGAAGUCAACAAUAUGUGGGGAGAGCACUCGGUUGUCUUUACUUUUAAAAGUAAUACUUGGUGCUAAGAAUUUCAGGAUUAUUGUAUUUACGUUCAAAUGAAGAUGGCUUUUGUACUUCCUGUGGACAUGUAGUAAUGUCUAUAUUGGCUCAUAAAACUAACCUGAAAAACAAAUAAAUGCUUUGGAAAUGUUUCAGUUGCUUUAGAAACAUUAGUGCCUGCCUGGAUCCCCUUAGUUUUGAAAUAUUUGCCAUUGUUGUUUAAAUACCUAUCACUGUGGUAGAGCUUGCAUUGAUCUUUUCCACAAGUAUUAAACUGCCAAAAUGUGAAUAUGCAAAGCCUUUCUGAAUCUAUAAUAAUGGUACUUGUACUGGGGAGAGUGUAAUAUUUUGGACUGCUGUUUUCCAUUAAUGAGGAGAGCAACAGGCCCCUGAUUAUACAGUUCCAAAGUAAUAAGAUGUUAAUUGUAAUUCAGCCAGAAAGUACAUGUCUCCCAUUGGGAGGAUUUGGUGUUAAAUACCAAACUGCUAGCCUAGUAUUAUGGAGAUGAACAUGAUGUAACUUGUAAUAGCAGAAUAGUUAAUGAAUGAAACUAGUUCUUAUAAUUUAUCUUUAUUUAAAAGCUUAGCCUGCCUUAAAACUAGAGAUCAACUUUCUCAGCUGCAAAAGCUUCUAGUCUUUCAAGAAGUUCAUACUUUAUGAAAUUGCACAGUAAGCAUUUAUUUUUCAGACCAUUUUUGAACAUCACUCCUAAAUUAAUAAAGUAUUCCUCUGUUGCUUUAGUAUUUAUUACAAUAAAAAGGGUUUGAAAUAUAGCUGUUCUUUAUGCAUAAAACACCCAGCUAGGACCAUUACUGCCAGAGAAAAAAAUCGUAUUGAAUGGCCAUUUCCCUACUUAUAAGAUGUCUCAGUCUGAAUUUAUUUGGCUACACUAAAGAAUGCAGUAUAUUUAGUUUUCCAUUUGCAUGAUGUUUGUGUGCUAUAGAUGAUAUUUUAAAUUGAAAAGUUUGUUUUAAAUUAUUUUUACAGUGAAGACUGUUUUCAGCUCUUUUUAUAUUGUACAUAGUCUUUUAUGUAAUCUACUGGCAUAUGUUUUGUAGACUGUUUAAUGACUGGAUAUCUUCCUUCAACUUUUGAAAUACAAAACCAGUGUUUUUUACUUGUACACUGUUUUAAAGUCUAUUAAAAUUGUCAUUUGACUUUUUUCUGUUAA